AUGUCGCGUCGCCGCAAAGCCGGAGAGCCUUCGGAAAUCUCUUCGUCCUGGCGUAUGGUGGAAGGCUCCGGCGAGAACGACUCCUUCGACACAAACAUUGUCCCCUCACUCGAUUCCGCCAACAACAGCUUCGUCACCUCACUGCGACCCCUUUCCUCGGGCGAGCCAUCGUCCGUGCCGCCUUCCCAGUCGCAGGAGCAUCACUCCUUUGCUUCGCAGACCUCACAGGAUAGCAUCCGGGAUUUUACGCGCCAUCAAGACGACCCGGACAACAUACUGAAACAGCCCUUCCGACCGUCGAUGCCGCCUAGUGCCCGCACCAGCUACAGCGGCAAGACGGCGAGAAUGUCCGACAACGAUCUCCGGAUGCCCACUCUGGACGUUGACAAUGGCAAUGGGAGAUGGAGACGUGGCAGCCCGAUCCCUCGCCUCAGGCGACGUGACGUGAACAGGAGCCAGGAUAAUCAAUACAGGGACCAUGACUCUGAUUGUCACACUCACAUGGCCGGGCCACGAGCGCAGUCCUUCCUUGACAUUCUUCAAGACAUGAGCCUCUGGGCCAUGCGCACCUUCAUCCUCGCCUGCAGCUACGUCCAAAAGCCCAUUGCUCUGCUACUCGCCGGUUACAUCUGCGUUGCUGGCGUCCUGGUUCUGCACUCGGUGGCGACCCGCUCCGCCGUGAGGACCCUCGCGCCCAUCUGCAACAUCCCAGGCGCAUCACUCCUCCCGCUCCCGUUCUGCGGCGUGCAAGAGGAUGGUGACGCCGCCUUUGAGUACAUUGAAUUUGCCAAGCAUCACGACACCAUAGAGAACGUCCUCCAAAAGUCCAUGAACGCAUACCCCAUGCCGUGGAGGAUGACGCAGACCGAGAACGCUCUACGGGACCUGACAGUCGUCCUCGAGGUCUCCAAUCUCGAGAACCGCGCCGAGUUUGUGCAGGCGUUUCGGAGCUACAUACACACCCUGGGACAAAAGGUGAACCCGGAGCUGCACACCUUCAACGUCCGCGCCGGCGGUGUCGUGGACAGCAUACUGUCCACGCACAACUAUACCAGGCGGCGCAUCGCACGACUCGAUCCUUCCUUGCCAGAGAAUCAACCCUCGGUGCUGAGCAAGUUCACCAUGUGGGUCUUUCCCCUUUUCGUGCCCUCGCAGGCUGAGCGGACCAACGAGGCUAUCCUGCUGCAGUACAUCCAGUACGCCGAGGACAUUGUCGUCACGCUCGAUGACCUAAUUGGCAUCGCGCAGAUUGUGCUAGACUACCUCAGAGAGGCAGACAUGAACCUCCACGAAAUUCACCGUCUGACGGAGCAAUCCAAGUCUAGGAUUGAAUCGAAAAAGGGCGGCAACGCAGUCUGGAAUCUCCUUGCCAGCCUGCGCCUGACCAAGGAGCAGCAGAAGUACAUGCGCGACCUGGAUCUCCUGGCAGAGGUGGAGGCCGAGCGCAGCGGAGCUAGGGACUACGUGGCCGACGUCCUCAACGAUCUCCGUGGCGUCAAGGCCCAGCUGCAGGACCUCCAGGAGAGAAUCAGCAAGCCGGGCCUGCAGUUGGGCACUGACAAUCAGUUGCCGCUCGAGGUCCACUUGGACAUGAUCGAGGGCGGCGUCGACAGGUUGCAGCGGGCGCGUCAGCAGUUCAGAGACGCAAAGGAUAACUUUAUCGAGAUGAGGAAGGAGGGGGGCGGGCGCAAGAAGAAUAAGCCGUAUAUCGAGGCUACUAGAGCGCCUCAGUUUCCGCGCGGGGCUUGA